UUUUGUGAGUCGGCAAUCGAAAGCUGGUUCAAGAAUUUACAGUGACAGUGACAUCUGCUUAAACAAACCACAAGUCUUUGUAGCAAUCCAACUCAAAAUUCAUUCCCCACUUUUCCGUCAAUCAACCCAAGAAACAAACAACUCAAAUUCCCACACGGUCUUUCUACUUUCAACUCCAAAGCCCGUUCUUCAAUUCCGCACUCUCCCCCACUCCAAUUAACACGUUAACCCUUAUUUGCUUCAUAAUCAAACCCUUCGUUCAAGUUAACCCCAAACCCUUUUCUUUUUUCAACACCCCCUUCUUUUCAAUGAGGUUUAUAAAUAGAUAAUAAAUUUGUUAAGAUCUACCAUCAGAAUUCGCUUCGUUUUUUCCACCACUUCAGUGAAUAUUUGCAUUUAAUUCGUUUACUAACUCUCUCUUGAAUUUCCAUUUAAAAGGGUACUUUUAGAUUCUAAUAAUAUGAGUAGCAAUUGCCAAACUUCUGGUUCUAGUCACAAUAUCAGAGGUUUAAUUUCCAACGCUGGUGCUGGUGCCGCUGCUGGGGCAAUAGCUGCUACAUUUGUGUGUCCAUUGGAUGUGAUCAAGACAAGGUUACAAGUUCAUGGCCUUCCACCUGUUCAGAAAGGUAGUGUUAUUGUCACGAGCUUGCAGAAUAUAGUUAGGACUGAAGGCUUCAGGGGAAUGUAUCGUGGCCUUUCACCAACAAUACUGGCAUUACUUCCAAAUUGGGCAGUUUACUUCACAUGUUAUGAGCAACUAAAGGGCUUGCUUCGUUCACAUGAUGGUUGCCACGAACUCACGACUAUUGGAAAUAUUAUAGCUGCUGCUGGUGCUGGGGCAGCAACAUCAAUAUCUACAAAUCCAUUGUGGGUUGUUAAGACAAGACUCCAAACACAAGGAAUGAGGCCUGAUGUUGUUCCUUACAAGAGUGUUCUUGCCGCUUUGACAAGGAUUACACACGAGGAAGGCCUAAGAGGACUAUAUAGUGGCAUUGUGCCUUCAUUAGCUGGUGUAAGUCAUGUAGCAAUUCAAUUCCCAGCAUAUGAAAAGAUAAAGUUAUACAUGGCAAAAAAAGAUAACACAACUGUCGACAAGUUAAGUCCUGGCAAUGUUGCUAUUGCGUCAUCAAUAUCUAAAGUAACUGCCUCUGUAAUGACUUAUCCGCACGAGGUAAUACGCUCCCGGCUACAAGAACAAGGUCAAGCAAAAAAUAGUGGCGUUCAAUAUGCCGGUGUUAUUGACUGUACUAAGAAGGUGUUUCAAAAGGAAGGCAUUCCGGGUUUCUAUCGCGGUUGUGCUACUAAUCUAUUAAGAACAACUCCGUCUGCUGUUAUUACAUUCACCAGUUAUGAGAUGAUACACAGGUUUUUGAUGCGUAAUAUACCACAGAACAAAGCGUAUUCACAAGGCUCUUCUAAAUCAAAUGAACCUAACAAACCCAAUUCAGAAACCAGUGACAUUAACACUAAAAACGACGGCGAUAGGGGCCAAUCACCGUCUCAAUCUAACAAGAUUCCUCUCAGAAACAAAGAGCAGCUAACAAGACAUUGAUUUGCAUUUUCUUUUUCUUUAUUUGUCUAUUCUCAUAUUCAAUUUAUUUCUUGGUUGCCCUGAAUUUUGUUUUCUUAUUAGGCAUGCAAAUGCUCGAUUUACCAGAAUUGUGAAUGAUAUAUUAGCAAAAGAAUAAAUGUGCAGAUGUGAAUAAAAGCAAGACAAUGUUUUGAAUCUGGUCU